GCAGCCCCCGUUCGCCCCAAACCCCCCUUUCCCAGCCGAAGCCCCCCGCUGUGUUUCCCCAACCUGCCGCCGCCCCCCCAGGACCCGCCGCUGCCGCCCGCACCCGGACCGGGACCCGCGCCUGGAGCCUCCUCGGGGCCGCCGCUGCCGCCGUUGCCAUGGCGAUGGCGGCAGGGGCGGGGCCGCGGCGGGGCGGGGCGGAGCCCUCGGAGAGCAGCCCCGAGCCGCCCUCCCCCUCCAGCUCCCGCCCGCCCCGCUCUGACACCAGCCCCACCCCCUCCGACGAGGCCACGCCCCCGCCGCGCCGCCACGCCCCGCCGCGGGGCGGGGCCGGACCUCGCCACGCCCCUGCGCCGUCUGCCCCGCCCUGCGACCGCACCCUGGCGCUCUUCGAGGAGGAGCUGGCCACCCGCCCCCGCGUCCCCGCCCUGCUGCGCCGCAUGGCCCCCUACAGCGCCCUGAGCCCCGACAGCGACGACGGGCGCGCCCCGGGGCGGGCGCUGGGGGCGCUGUGGGGCGUGGCCGCCCCCUCCCUGCAGACGCUGCUGGGGCUGGUGCUGGUGCUGCGCCUGCCCUGGGUGGUCGGCACCGGCGGGGUCCUGCAGGCCGGCGCCAUCGGCCUCCUGCUGGGCGCCUGCGCGGUGCUGACAGCUGUGUCCCUGAGCGCCAUCGCCACCAACGGCCUUGACCCCGGCGGCUGUCCCCUGGGGCUGCUGUCGGGGGCGCUGGGCCCCGAGGCAGGCGGGGCCGUGGGGCUGUGUGCCUUCCUCAGCGCCGCCUUCGCCGCCGCUGCCGCCGCCCUGGGCGCGGCCGAGAUCCUACUGGUGUACGUGGCCCCCCAGGCCGCUGUCCUGCCCGGGCGGGGCCGUGGGGCACGGCUGAACAACGGGCGUGGCUACGGGGCGGGGCUGCUAGCCCUGCUGGGUCUGGGGGCCGCUGCCCGCCACGCUGCCCGCGUGACACCCCUGGGCCCCGCCGGGCUGCUGCUGGCCCUGCUGGGGCUGCAGGCGGGGGCCCUGCGCGCCGCCCUGCCGGGGGGCAACGCCCACACUCUCUGCCUGCCCCCCCAGCCCGGCGGCCGCCUCCAGCCCUGCCCCACGGCCCGGCCCCACGGCGGGGGGGACAGCAAUGGCACCCCGGGGGCACGGCCAGCCAUCCCGGGGCCCAGCGCCCGCCUGCUGGCACAGAACCUGUGGCCCCGCCCCCCCGAGCCAGGGCUGAGGGAGGGGCCGGGCGGAGCCGAGGUUGAGGAUGACGACGAUUCGUCCUUCGGGGUCCUGCUGGGGCUGAGCCUGCCCACUACCUCCGGGGUGCUGUGGGGCUGCAGCCGCUGCGGGGAGCUCCGAGACGUCGCCCGCUCCGUCCCAGCCGGGAGCCUGGGGGCUGCCCUGGCCACCGCCCUGGGCUGCAUCCGCCCCGCCAGGGGGACCCCAGUACCUGGGGGGGCUCCAAAUCUGGGAGGGACACCCCAAAACGUGGGGGGGCAGCCUGAAACCAGCAUUGCCUUUAAGGCAGGGGAGUGCCUGGAGGGGAGGGGGCUGGGGUGGGGGGGUCGCCCUGGGGGAGGGGUCCUGCUCCAUUUUGGGGUCGGGUUGCCGGUUUUUGGGGGGGGUUUCCUUGACAGCGCAGACCUGAGCGCGGCCCUGCUGCUGGGGGCCUCUGUCGAGGGGCAGCUGCUGCGUGACAAGUUCGGCGGGUCUCUGCGGGGGACGCCGGUGGCAGGGGCGGCCUCCUGGCCCUCGCCCUGGGUGCCGCUGGCCGGGGCGCUGCUCUCGGCGGGGGGCGCCGGGCUGCAGGCGCUGCUGGGGGGCAGCCGGCUGCUGCGGGGGCUGGCGCGCACCCGCGCCCUGCCCCUACCCCACGCGCUGGGGCGGGGGCGGCUCUGGCCCCUGGCGGCGACGGCGGCGGUGGCCGAGCUGGGCGUCCUCCUGGGCUCCCUCGACCUGCUGGCGCCCGUCCUCUCCGUGUUCUGGCUGACCGCGUACCUGGGGGUGAACCUGGCCUGCGCCCUGCAGGGGCUGCUGCCCACCCCCGGCUGGAGCCCCCGCUGCCGCCUCUACCACUGGGGGGUGUCGCUGGCCGGGGCAGGGCUCUGCCUGGGGCUGAUGCUGGUCACCUGCUGGUACUGCGCGCUGCUGGCCCUGGGCAUCGGCGCCACCGCCUACAAGUACCUGGAGUACCGCGGGGCGCAGAGCGAGUGGGGGGAAGGGCUGCGGGGUCUCUCCCUCAGCGCCGCCCGCUUCGCCCUGCUGCGGCUGGAGGACGGGCAGCCCCCCGCGCCCAGCUGGAGGCCGCAGCUGCUGGUGCUGCUGAAGCUGGACGAGGAGCUGCGGGCGACGCAGCCCCAGGUGCUGGCCCUGGCGGCGCAGCUGCAGGCCGGGAAGGGGCUGACGGUCGUGGGCUCCGUCAUCCCCGGGGAGCUGCCGCAGGACCUGCCCCGCGCCCGCGCCGCCGAGAGGGCGCUGCGGGCGGGGCUGGCGGGGGCGGGGGCGCGGGGCUUCGUGCAGGUGCUGGUGGCGCCGGCGCGGGGGCCGGGGCUGGCGGCGCUGGUGCAGGGCUGCGGGCUGGGGGCCCUGCGCCCCAACACCGUGCUGCUGGGCUGGCCCCACGGCUGGCGCCGCCGCCACGACCCCGCCGCCGCCCGCAGAUUCGUUGGGGAGACGUGGGGGGAUGCGGGGGCGUGGGGAAGAGGGAGGAGGCGGGGGGACACGGGGGGCAGGAGCGGGGGCAGGCGUGGGGACACGCAGGGGCCCGGGGCUCCCCGCGGGGGGUCCGCGCCCCCCGAGCCCCCCCUUGUCCCCCCAGAGCUGCUGCGCGUGGCGGGGGCCGGGGGCCGGGCGCUGCUGGUGGCCAAGGGGCCGCUGGGGGCGGGGGCGCCGGGGGGGACCCUGGACGUGUGGUGGGUGGUGGGCGACGGGCGCCUGCUCACUCUGCUGCCCCUGCUGCUGCGGCAGCACCCUGCAUGGCGGGGGUGCCGGGUGCGGCUGUUCACGGUGGCUCUGCUGGAGGACAACAGCGUGCGGCUGCGGCGGCUGCUGGAGGCCGUCGCCCGCCGGAGGGGGCUGCCCGCCCAGACCCACGUCGUCGAGCUGCACGACGGCGACGUCUCGGCCUACACCUACGAGCGGACGCUGAUGAUGGAGCAGCGCUCCCAGAUGUUGCGCCAGAUGCGGCAGGCGCAGGGAGGCCCCGCCCCAUCACAGGCCCCCAGUGCGGCGGAGGAGGAGGAGGAGGAGGGGGGCACCCCCCGCCGCGGCCCCAGCCCGGUCAACGUGCGGCGCAUGCACGCGGCCGAGCGGCUGAACGAGGCCGUGGGGGCGCACUCGGGGGGGGCGCGGCUGGUGCUGCUCGACCUGCCCCCCCCGCCCCCCCCCCGGCCCCCCCGGCCCCUCGACAACUACCUGGAGUUCCUGGAGGUGCUGACAGAGGGCCUGGGGCCGGUGCUGCUGGUGCGGGGGGGUGACGGGGACGCCCCCGACCCCUGAGCGCACCAGUACGGCCCAGUACGGCCCAGUACGGGCCCAGCGCCGCCAGUACGAUGCCAGCCGGAGACGCAGCUCUUCAAGCACGAUCCCAGUACGGGCCCAGUGCUCCCAGUAUGGGCCUCAACGCCCCACGUAUGAUGCCAGUCUGGGCCACAGCUCUCCGAGCGUGACCCCAGCAUGGGACCAAACACUCCCAGUAUAGCACCAGUGCUCCCACUAUGAUGCCAGCCUGAGCCACAGCUCUUUGAGCAAGAUCCUAGUAUGGGCUGCCACACUCCCAGUAUGGACCCCGGCCUUGCCAGUAUAGCACCAGUGCUCCCAGUGUGAUGCCAGCCUGAGCCACAGCUGUCUGAGUCAGAUCCCAGUACGGACCCUGGCCUUGCCAGUAUAGCACCAGUGCUCCCACUAUGAUGCCAGCCUGAGCCACAGCUGUCUGAGUCAGACCCCAGUAUGGACCCCGGCCUUGCCAGUAUAGCACCAGUGCUCCCAGUGUGAUGCCAGCCUGAGCCACAGCUGUCUGAGUCAGAUCCCAGUAUGGACCCCGGCCUUGCCAGUAUAGCACCAGUGCUCCCAGUGUGAUGCCAGCCUGAGCUACAGUUAAAGUAAGAUCCCAGUAUGAGCCCCCCCGUUCCCAGGACAGGCCCAGUGCUCCCAGUAUAGGGCCCAAGACUGCCAGCGCCCUCCCAGCGCGCCUCCCGUGCGCUCCCAGUGCUCCCACUGCGGGUCCCAGCACUCCCAGUACACGGCUCCAGCAGGGCCGCGCCACUCCCAGCGCACACCACUAAUAAACGGUUUCCUCUCCA